GACAGUCUUCCACAUUGGCCCAGCAAGAAGAUAAAGUGCCUCUGGGGAUGGUGAAGGACAGCCUCUGAGCCUCUGACACCUACUUCCUGUAGAACAGCUGUUCUCCAGUCUUAAGUGGUGCACCCCAGGGGGCUCCACAUCUCUUGUGCCUGUAGCAAGGCCUGCAGUGGUAGUCACAACACAGCUCAGCCUUCCUGCAGACAGGGCCCUGCUGGCUUGGGGUGCCUCUCCCCCUCCUCCCAGGUGAGAACAGGGAGCCCUAAGGAGUGCUGGCCACAGGACCUCAGCUUCAACUGUGGGCAUCUGGGGUGGAUGAGGCCGUGCUGUGGAAGCCAUGGGCCCAACUCGAAGAUAGCAGGCAGGGACCAUCUUCAGCAUCUUCAGGGUGGAACCAGAGAUGCUGGUUGUUUGGUACCAGGCAGUCAUAUGGAUGUGCCAGCUGACCUGUGACCUGUGAAGUUGUGGUCAGUUGUUGCUGCCCUGUCCUGAGGGGUGGCCACAGAGCUGCUUCUUGUCUUGCUGGGAACUUCAGAAGCAGCCUUGGAUUCACUGUAAGCAGCCUCCUUUAUUGGUGGGAAGGGGCAAGGUGGCCUCUACUUUGAGUGGCCUGUCCCUUUGGUUCCUCCGGGGAAGAGUGAUUGGCAUGAAACUACAUACAAGGCCCUUGGAAGGUUCCAGAACACCUGCAUGUCCUGAGGUGCAUCUUCUCAUCUGCAAGGGGAUGGCUUUCUCGCGUGUCACCAGCUUCCCUCCCUGGGAGGCUUAAUGUACCUUUUCUUCAGCUGAAGGUUUUUAGCCCAGACUGAAGGUAAGCCAUGUUCCAGAGGCAGAGCAGCAGCCCCUGCCCAUGAGAGGCCCCUUCAGUCCAGGAGGAGCAGGCUGGGCCAGCAGCAUGGGAGUCUGGGAAAUCCCAGAUCUUGACCUGCGAGGGCAGGACUUCCUGGGAGUUGGUACAGGGGCUUGUAGUCAUGGGGCAGGGAGUUGAGUCCUGCACAUCAGAUUCUGUCAGCCAGUUCCUGGGAGGGGCAGCACUUGGUGACCACUGAGGGGGACCCCAGUCAGCCUUGCCCACAGCUGGGCCCUGCUCACUAAGCACCCUCACUCCUUGACGAAGUGCAAAGUCUCCCUGGGGCUGACAACUCCCUGUGGGUCAAACCAAUACCCUCAGUCUCUGAGCACCCUGGCCUGCGGGACAGGCCACAGUGGGCUCCAGGGCCAGACUGACUGAAGCAGCGGGGUAGAGGCUGGGAGAGGGAGGGGCAGGUUGGCUGUGGGCCUCUCUUUCCCUCUGCCUGUCUCCUCCCUCCUCUGCUGGAGGAGCCAACUUCAAAAGCCUCUCCGCCUGCCCUGCAGCAAGGCAGUCCUGUCCAGGGAGCCCCGUAGGCUGGUGUUGGACCUGGAGCAACUGCCAAGUGCCAGCUGCAUUUACCACCAUAGACCCAGGACCAUGUGCGUGGUCGGCUGGAGGGAGUGAGGGAGGGCAAGACCCUGAUUGACCAAUGGUGCCCUCCAAGCCCACACUCUGCGCCCUCCUGCUGGCACUGCUGUGGUUGGUUCCUGACUGGGCUAGGCCCAGUGCCUGCAGCGUCCCAGAGGUGCUCCGCCACUAUCGCGCAGUCAUCUUCGAGGAUCUGCAGGCGGCAGUGAGACAGUUGGGGCCAGAGCCAGGCUCUGGAUACCACCAUCUCCUUGAGAAAAACCUAACUGGAAUGGGCGGAGGGCGGAGACGACCUAGUGUCUCCUGCGGUGCCCAGAAGGAGCACAGUAUCCUUCUGUCCAUCGAGUCCCUGGGCCAGACUCUGCGCCGGGCAGUGACUGGGGGCCGCCGUGGUUCCCUGGAGAAAGCUGCAUGGACUGUGGCCCUACGCACCGAGGCGGUGAUGAGGCGCCACUGCUGGAAGCCUCGCCAGAGCCGGCGGCCCAGGAUGCGUCCUGUCAGGCGCCGCGGUGGUCGGAGGCGGCUCCUGCUACGUGCCCUGGACACCGUCGCCACCUGCUGGGAGAAACUCUUCGCGCUACGCGCCACGGCCACCGGGGAAUCCUAGUCGGCCUGCCCUGCCCCCCGACCCAGCAAAAAACUUGGGGAUCCGCGCGGAAUCAGGGAACAAGCCUCGUUUGAUUGAUGUCCCGAUGGCAGCCUCUUCUCUCUCAACCAGCCUGCCCUCUCCGAGGGCCCGGGACUUGGAGAAGCGAGCCAUGGCGGGUCCCGGAGGUGGCCCGCCCUCAAGCACCGAGCGAGGCCCCAAUAAAUGGAGUUGGUGCUA